AUGGAGGAUGACGACUCCGUCACACACACGAUGAGCAUGGUCAAGCUGGAGGUGGGCGCGGCCAAUGGUCCAUUGGCCGGCAUGGAUCACGGAGGCUCGAUGCAAACUCCCUACGCGACGAAUGGCCAUUCCCCGUCUCCCUCGGCCUCGCUCAACGGUUUGAAAUCGCGCACCGACGAUGCCGACACAUCCAUCUCCGUCUCCGCCCCCGUCUCCUCGAAGCCCCCUACUCUGUCUCGCAAAUCCUCACAAAAGUUGGCGAACCGCGAGCCCCAGCUGUUCGAUCAUCUUCCCGACGCAACCUCGGAUUCUUGCAAAACCUUCCAAGUCAUCCCUGACUGUCUGUACGGGUCCAAAAACUUGGGCUCCACAGACCACGAUGCUCUCGACUGCGACUGUCGAGAAGAAUGGCGUGAUGGCGAGAAUGCCGCCUGCGGCGAGGACUCCGACUGCAUCAACCGCGCCACCAAGAUGGAGUGCAGCGCCGACACCGGAAACUGCAGCGGCGGCUGCCACAACCAGAGAUUCCAGAGAAAGCAAUGGGGCAGCGUCUCCGUCAUCAGGACGGCCAAGAAGGGCUUCGGCCUCCGUGCCGACGUCCAACUUCACGCCAACGAGUUCAUCUACGAGUACAUUGGCGAGGUCAUCAACGAGCCAACCUUCCGGCGGCGCAUGCUGCAGUAUGACAACGAGGGCAUCAAGCAUUUCUACUUCAUGUCUCUCAACAAGAGCGUGUUUGUCGACGCAACCAAGAAGGGAAAUCUCGGCCGCUUCUGCAACCACUCCUGCAGCCCCAACUGCUACGUCGACAAGUGGGUCGUCGGCGACAAGCUUCGCAUGGGCAUAUUCGCCUUGCGCAGCAUCCGCGCCGGCGAAGAGCUCGUCUUCAACUACAACGUUGACCGCUACGGCGCCGACCCUCAACCAUGCUACUGCGCCGAGCCGAACUGCGUGGGCUUCAUCGGCGGCAAGACGCAGACGGAGCGCGCCACCAAGCUGCCGGCAGCGAUCGUCGAGGCCCUCGGCAUCGACGACUCGGAUGGUUGGGACACGGCCGUGGCCAAGAAGCCUCGCAAGAAGCGCCCGGAUGAGGACGACGAGGAAUACGUCAACAGCAUCCAGCCGCGCAGCCUCGACGACGACGACGCCCGCAAGGUCAUGGCCGCCCUCAUGCAAUGCAAGGAAAAGUGGAUCGCCGUCAAGCUGCUCGAGCGCAUACAGCGAUGCGACGAGGAACGUGUCAUCCAUUGCGUCGUUCGCAUGCAUGCCUAUCAAAUACUCAAGACGAGCCUCAACACCUUCAUCGAGGACCACAACGUCGUGCUGCAGGUGCUCGAAAUCUUGGACAAGUUCCCCCGCCUGACGAGGAACAAGAUUCAAGAUUCCAACAUCGAGACGACGAUCGAGUCCCUCGGCAAGUCGGAGCAUGAAGCUGUCGCUUCGCGAUCGAAGCAGCUGCUCGACGAUUGGAGCAAGCUGGAGGUGGCCUAUCGCAUCCGACGACGCAAGGUCGACCCCAACGCGCCCGUCCAGAACUUGUACGAGCAACGUCGCGGCGGCCAGCCUCGCGAUGAGGAUACGGCUCAGCUGACGCCCAAGACGGUAUCGCCCCGCCCCAUCGAUGCACCCAAGGGGCCGCGUAGCAGCGUGCCGCAGAGGAACAACUCGCUCUACUUCAACGCUCAGCGCCAGCGGCGCCCGCCCCUGCCGGACGGCUGGUUCGCCGCCAAGGACGAUCGAGGCAACACCUACUUUUACACCAAAUCCGGCAUGACGACCUGGCAGCGACCAACGCUCCCGGCAACCGACGCCGCACAGAGGGGCCCCUCCAAGGCUAUGCAGGAACAACUCGCGAUUCAAAGCAUCAUUGACAGGGUCACCAAGGAAGGAACCCCGAAACAGACGCCCUCGCAGCCCAAGGAGGCCGUCGAGACACCUUCGAAGGAGUCCAAGAGGGACAAGUGGAGAACCUUACCGCUCGAGAAGCAGAUGAAAAUUUACGAAAAUACGGUAUUCCCACCCGUCAAGCACGUGUUAGACAAGUUCCGCCACAAAUUACCAAAGGAUGAACUGAAGAGAUUGGGCAAAGAAAUCGCCAAGAAGCUGGUCGCAUCGGACUACAAGAACAACAGAGUCGAAGAUCCGACGGUGAAGUUGAGCGAGAAGCAGGUGCAGAAGAUCAAGAAGUACGUGGCCGACUUUUUGAGCCGCGCCGUGGAAAAGUUUGAUGCACACCGGAAACAGAGAGGCACGAAGGACAAGCUUGAUUCGAACAGGCCAUCUCACCUGGAAGAAGGCGCCUCCCAGGACGCAUCUUUGGACGACCUGGGGCCUGCGGACGACGGAAACGAUGCGCUCGAUACGCCGCCUAGCGAUGCCGGCUCCCCCGAUAGCCAAGAUCGCAAGCGGAAGCGCGACGCCGACCUUGUCGAAUCUGCCGCCCCGACGCCGUCCGAAGGCCCUGAAAUGAAGAGGGUCAAAGCCGAGGAGGGGAACAAACCCCACCAGCCCCCUCCGCCCCCUCCGCCGCCCGAGUCGGCGCCGGGGGAGGGGAUGACGGACGAACAGCGAGACCUACAGGAACAGGAGGAAGCGCUCAUGAGAGAAAACGAAGAGGCUCAGAGGCUUGAGGACGAGGCCAACAGUACCAAGAUGGAGGAAGUGUCAGAAGACACGCGAACAGGCAUCACCCUCACGGCGUGA